AUGGCAGUAAUUGAAAUAUUUUCAAGUCCCAUCCAAUACAAAUAUAAAAGUAAAAUAUAUUCUUUAAGCUUUCUCGUUGUAAUAUUCCUCACAAUUUUAUCAUUGCUUACGCCGUUUUUUAUUAUUUAUAACGCGGGUGGUUUCUCACUGAAAAAUCGUAUAUAUACUGAAAGGCCUGAUAUAUCAUUUAAAUAUAAAUAUUUAUUGCUGGCAAACAGGGAUUACAAUAUGAAUCCUGUAGUUUGUUCAACUUUUAGAACGUAUAAAAAUAACGAAAUUGAAGAUAAUUGUACAUUAGUGAAGGUUCAAGAAAUAGAUACAAACAGUGAUAGCAAAAAUGACAUUUUUAAAUUUGAGGUUCAGUUUUAUACAGAUACACCUAUAAGGUCUCUUAAUGUUUUGCUUUUCUUCAAUUUUCAACUAACGCAAUUGUUCGUGGCAACAAUAGAAUCUAUUGCAGUUUUUACACAUGUAUUAAAUGAAGAGGUACAAAAAAUACAAUUCUACGGAGACCUGAUAUUGGAGCAGAAAGGUCUCUUGACUAGUGAAGGGUUAUAUGAAAAAUAUAAUGACAGUGUUGAACUGGCUGAUUAUUCUCUGGAGGAAUUACUUAAGCAAAAUUUUAAUCGAAAAUCUAAAAUUAGCAACAAAUAUGUAACAAAACAAGUAGGUUACUCAAGUGAAAACGCAGUAGUUGUCCAAGGCGAAUUGAUUUAUAGGGAGCACUUAACUUAUUAUCAGCCUAAUAUUUGGGAAGAGCUAAAAUGGGCAUGGGUUCAAUAUUUGUCAUGUCUUUUUAUUUUUGCCUACAUAGUAAAGCAUAUUUUGAUUUUUUUAUUUUCAAAUAGAUAUUUGAAUUGUUAUAUCGUGGUACCAUGGAAAAAUAAAUAAUAGUCGUAGUAUAACAGUAUUGGAAGAACCAUGUCAACAAGGUCGAAGGAAAAGGUCGUAGCUGCCUUUCGAAAAUUCUUUCGAUCUUCGGAGAAGAUUUCGGAGCAGGAUGGGGCAGGUAGUUCGACGAGUUCGCCGUCAAGGAGGCUUCUGAGUCGACAUCAUCGUCCCGACGCAGUUACUCCCGCUGAUGCUGCGUUAUCUGAUAAUUCAGGCGCCAGCAACUCCAAUCACGCUAGUUGUUUCUUUAAGUCGAAGAAGUCUGCUAGCAAUUCGACCCAGGUUGUCGCGGUGCCGGAUAAGAGGGUUCGGCUGCGUCGGUUAAUGAAGGAAUUAAGCGAGAUCCAAAGGACACAGCAUCGACUCGAGUCGACCUUCACUGCGGAGCUGGUGAAUGACAAUUUAUUCGAGUGGCAUGUGAGACUGCACAAGAUAGAUCCGGAGAGCGAGCUGGCCGCCGACAUGAGAGAGCUUAAUAUACCUUAUAUACUUCUCCACGUGGUGUUCCCGGAGAACUUUCCUUUCGCACCUCCUUUUAUGCGCGUUAUUUCGCCAAGGAUUGAGAAAGGAUUUGUGAUGGAAGGCGGUGCAAUUUGUAUGGAGCUUCUUACGCCGAGGGGAUGGGCCAGCGCGUAUACCAUUGAAGCAGUCAUCACACAGUUUGCAGCUAGCAUCGUUAAGGGCCAGGUGAAAUCUUAAUUUAUUUUCAAUCAGGGUCGUGUGGCGAGGAAACCAAAAACGAAUAAAGAAUUCAACAGACGUUCCGCAGAAGAAUCGUUCAGGAGUUUAGUAAAAACUCACGAGAAAUAUGGUUGGGUGACGCCACCGCUCGCGGAGGGUUGAUCCUCCAGAUCGCUCAA